AUGAACGAGGAUUUAAAGUUAGGAUCGAUCAUAUGGCCCAACUUCAAGUCGCCCUUUAGCAUCUCAUGCUACUGUAUGAAUGAGGGGUGCACGGUUCUAGCCGUGGGUAGUUAUGAAGGAAGCAUCGUUUUGUUUAAGGUUGGGGAGAAUGCAAGUAACGCUCGCGUUGGUGGUAGUUGCACCAGUGUUAGUGCUAGUGCCAAUGCAAGUUUUCCCGCUUCGAAUGAAACAUGUGUGACUUCAGUAGACGGUGUGGGUGCCGUGUUUGUGCCACCAGGUGGGAGGUACAAAGAGGAAUUUAAAAAAGGCGCCACCGGGGGAGGGGACAAAUUCAGCGCUGUGGGGAAGAAUCCCGAUGGGAAUCAAAACUCAGUGAGUAGUAGUUUCCCAGGAGGAGGAGAUCUAGCCCAUAGUGUAUAUAACGAUAGUGAGGUUAAACAGCAUAGAGGAGAAGCAAAAACGGAACAGUUAAACGGUGAUGGAACGAGCGCAUAUUUGUACAAUGGAGGAAGGAGUAAUGUCAACCCGGGGGAAGAACCAGAAGUGGAAAGCGCAGAAAAUAGAAUAAACUUUCUCCCAUACUGUAUUCUCCUAAAUAAUAAUAAUAACACGUGUAGCAACAGCAUCGUGCAGUUAUCCUUUGGAUUGUCUUGCUCAUCCCUCAUCGAGUGCAUAUCGAAGGAAAUUUUAAUUUCACUCCACUUGGAUAACUGCUUAUAUUUUUGGUCUUUAGAUGAAGGAAGAUGCUUUAGAGUAGUAAAAGGUUUCAAUUUUUUUGUGUACAAUUUGAGGGUGUUGCCAGAUAGGCGAUUUAUACUUUUGUGUGGAGAUAGGAAGGUGCUUCUGAUGGAUUUAUGGGGGAACAAAAGUAGGGAGAUCAUUGCCCACUUGACGUUGGAAAAUUACAUGGAGGGAAGCAAUUACAAGAAGGUAGACACUGAAGGCACGAAAGGAGGCAUCCAAGGUGCUGUCUCAAAUUCAAAUAGUUGCACUAAUAAAGGUUCUGCUACUGGUGGGAAUUACUUCGUUGGCGAUUCAGCGGAUAGGCAUCACUCUUCAUCGUCCAGUUCGGGGGAAGUGAACGAGAGGAUGUUUACCAAUGGAGGGGAUGUAAUACCAGCAGGGUCGUGGAGUGAAGUCCCUUACGGUAGUGAACCACCUGGGGGAAGUGCAUUAGAGGAGGGAUCCAAUUCUGUAAAAAGGAAGUAUGCGAAACGGAGCAAUGCAACCCUUGGUGUGGGCACCUCAAGGCAGAACGUGAGGAGGCAAGUAAAUAGCUACGCCACGCUGGAGGAGCAGAAAUUCUUCGCAGAAAAAUUAACAAAUAGGAACAAAAGGGAAAAAAGUAACGACACAGGGAAGGUUAGAAUAUGCUGCAUCGCAACGGGGUUAGUUCCAUACCUGAAGGAGGACAACCAGAGGUCACUCAUCCAGUGCUUUAAAUUGUUGAAGAAAAAAAUAUACAGCACGUAUAAGAAAAAGGAAAAUUCUAAACGGGCCGUAUCACACGAUAAUGAGGCAGAUGUGAGUGGCAAUAAUUCACCCACAGAGCAGAAUGAGGAAUAUGAAAAGAUGAAGCAAGGGGAGGUUAACAAGAAGUUAAAUAAUCUCUUCAACUGUCCAGUCAUUAUUGUUGCGUCGUUAUCCAAUGGGGACGUCAUCUGUUGGGACUUAACAGAUUUCCUACUUUAUUAUAAGGCGAAAUGUAGGUUUGUAAUUAGGAUAGAAAAAACGGAACUGGACUUAUACAACGAAAUAGUGAAUGAAAUUGCAGAGAAUUGUAUAAUGGACGAAUUGCUAAAAAUAAAUGUACACACUUCUCAUGACAUGAAUUUUAAAGCGCACGAUAAGUGUGUGAAAUGUCAUGACGUUUACAAACAGUGCAACGGAUUGUAUCUCAUAGAAGCGAAGUUUAUUUCUAAUUUGAGUCCAGUGGAAGAUUGGCUUGAAAUUGCUACGAAUGGAAAUUCUAGCCGUAUAGGCGUCAUAGAUAGCUAUGUUAUAAUUUUGCAGGAAACGCGAUUAAUAAUUUAUGAGCGGAAGGACUUGUCCUCCAUUUUUGUUCCGUUGAUGGAUUUAUUUUGUCCUGACUACCACCAUAAUUUACAAAAGAGGAAGCGCAGGAACCCGCACUGGGUGGGUCUGCAGGUCGUGCGGCGCCCUCUGUUGAAGUUCUCCUCGGGCAUCUUCAAAAGCAGCGGACUGAAAACGAAAUCCUUCGACGUGAUGCAGAAGCUAUCCAAAAAUGUGUGCGGCUCGAUAAUCGCGUGGACCACGGAGGGGAACUUCUACAGCUACACGUUGCCGCUGAAGUUUUCGAGUCUCUUCUUGUCCUUCCAGUCAAACAUAAAGUCCUUCUUCCUGAUGAAGGUAUCGAAGAAGUACUUGGGUUCACAGAGGAGCCCCGUCCCUAUAGUGAUAUACAAGGAGCGCAUAUGCAGGAAGAGGAACUUCCUAUCCGAUAAGGACGAAGACGGGGAAGAGAACAGAGCGAAUAAUCACAACGAAGGGGGGAGUAACUACAACAAUAGUAAUAAAUUUAGAAUAAAAAUAAAUGACAGCACGGAAAUGACGCCAACAUAUUUAAAAGGUAACUUUUCAAUGGAGUCAGUAAAAUCGAAAACGAAGGCAGCUUCGAAUGAUCAGGCUAUGUUUUCCAGGGACACCAUUCAUGAGUACGUUAAUUUAAACAGAAGCAAUACCAUCUGUAAAACAACCAGGGAGGAUAAAAUGAAUUCUGUAAAGUAUGCCCAAUGCAAGGAUGAUUUGUUGUUCCUUUUUAUAAACAGGAAGACCCCCAAUAGGGUGGUCCUCUUUGAGGCGUUACUUAGUGCCUGGUUUAAGACGACCAAUUUGGGAAAAGUUUGGCUUCUUCCAAGGAGGAAAAGAAUCAAGGAAGGUAUGAACAUUGUUAAUAGUGCAAAUGGUACCAUGUUGGGUGGUAGAAAAAACGAACCCGUUAAUGUGAACCCACAACACGGAGGGGAGGAUGAUAAUUGGGAUGCUAGUGCGUGGUUGCAUAUGGAGCAUGUCCUCCCGCCGAACAUACGCAGGUGCAGUGAUCUCCUCACAGAUUUAUUUCACAGUAAGGAAUGUGCUGUUCAAGGUAAUCGUAUAAAUAGAGGAGAUAGAUCCAUAGUGGCAUACGCUAUAACAGAAAGGAAUCAUAACUUAUACAUUUUUUUAAGCUUCACCAGUGGGCAUGUACUAAGUGCGUUAAUUAAUUCUUAUGGAAAAUCCUCACGGGGGAAAGUACUAAGAAACAGAGAGGGAAGAACAAGUGGGAUGGGAAGUAGAUUCAUUAGGGAGCUACCCAUCCCAAACUAUUUCGAAAAAAAAAGUGUUUUCAUAACGACGCUGCAUUGUGAGAGGAACUACCUAAUAGGGGGGUCAACCAAAGGAGACAUUUUAAUAUGGGAGUUAAGAACCUUUAAAUUGAAAAAGUUUAUUAAGGCUUGUCAUUUCAACUACGUAAGGAGCAUCCACAGCGUUAUCGAUGAGAAUGGCCAGAACAGAGGAAGGGUCACACAUUCAACGAACAAACAGAGGGAAUCAUUUUGGAUCCUAAGCUGCGACGCCAGCAACAAUUUGAUUCUCCUCAAUUUGAACGAAAGCAACUACGAUGAGAAUAAGUUUGAAUACCUCUUCUGCAAAAAUGAUAAAUGCAGAAUUGUCAUAACGACGGAUGAAGAAUCGUUAAGGAGGAAGGAGCUGGAAAUUCGAAAAAAAAAAAAAAAAAAAAUCCUCUUUUUAAAUUAUAUGAGAAAUUUUUUUAAGAAGAAAGGACUAUACAAUAACGGAAAAGCAACAGAAAGGAAAGACAACCUAUUGCAUAUGCUAAAGGUUAAGAAAGACCUAAAAAUGAAGCUCAUGAAAGGUUUCUAUUAUGCUACGUCGUCCAUUACGAACAAACCUGUUGGCGAUUCUAAAGGAAGCGUCUUCCAUUUGAAAAAAAAAAUUCAUAAGAAGAGGAAGGGUAACCAUGGGGAGGUAAGGAACAUGAUCAAUGUAUGUCUUUACUGUUCCUUUAAGAAGUUAGAGAAGAAAAAUGAAAUAAAUUUUAAACUAAUAAAUCACGUGUAUGUGAAUACGUUCUCAUCCCUUUUGUAUAUUACUUCGUUGAAUAACUUGGUCUUCAUUUAUGAUUAUGGGAGCGGUCGCUUUUUGCGUUCCUUAUACGAUUCGGACUUUGUUGGCAUGUGUGUGGUCCCCACGGAGACGCGUCACAUGAAACUCGGCGUGGACGUCACGUCGGUGCGAAUCCUCAACAGGGUGCACAUGGGUGGCACCAACGUUGGAGGGAAGGUGAACACGUUAAUUCGUGGUGCAGCUGAAGGACAGAUUGACGACUGGACCAGCAGUGAUAAAAGUAGCGAUCGACCAAACGGCAGAACAGGAAGGGGAAGAUUUACUAAUGGAAGCAUUCCCUUCACGGAGCACGGAAAGGAUCAUAUGGGAGAAGUGUACCACUGCGUCUCCACAAAGAAGAACACACCCCGAGGAAAAGCGCAUGGAAGAGCAAAUAAGAAGCACCCCUGCAUCUACACCGUGAAGAGCCAAAUACCAGUCAUAAGUUUUGUUCUCUUCAGAGACAACAAUUUGUCCCAAAAGGCUUUACCACUGACGAAAUUUUUAUUUCCAUUUUUUCUUCCACCCAAAUGUGUACACCUUUGUAGGGAGUUAUUUUCCUUUCUUGUCAGCUUUCCCUCUAUUCCAUUCUCGUUGUGUAUUCACGGGAAGGAAUCCACUCUAUCGACGCUGAUCCCGAUAUCGACUCAGAUAUAUUACUUCUCCAAGAUGCAUUCCCUCAAAAAGGGCACAUGUGAGGGAAACGUUUUUGUCACCAUUAGUGGAGGACGGAGAGACAGGUACGAGAUUCAGGAGAAAAAAAAAAAAGAAAAAUUUAUUUUUGAUUCCCUCCACUUGGAUGAACCAUACAUUUAUAAUAGCAAAUUUAAGAGAAAAUAUUUUUUAAGUGAAGAAUAUAAGAAGAAGUACCUCAUUUUUGGGAUCAAGAUGGGAAGUCUCAAACGACGGUGCGAAGAUGUUGUGGAGUUUUCCAAGUAUAGGAAUUUGCAAAUGUGCAGGUAUAACGGGGGGAGCAGCGUCUUGAACGUGGAUCCUGGCACAACUGUAGGAGCUGAUCAAUCUGGGGCGGAAGAACUCCAGGGGGAGAUUCUCAACAGGGGAAGUGACUGCAGUGAUGGUGAUCGUAAUAACUUCCCUGACGGGUCCAACUUUAAGGAACAACCGUGUGGGAUACACAGCGAACCCGUUAAGGGGGAAGCCAAGGAUACAAACGAGUUCAUUCGUAACGCCUCUUCAGGUAACAGAUGCCGUCUACGUAGUAGUGAAGGAGAUCCCAAAUUUUUCAGCACACCAGGGAGGAGGAAGAAGUACCACAUGAUGCAGUAUAAUUAUUACAAAGAUUUGAAGGUGGGUCAGCGGGCCGUUCCUGGGUCUACCAGGUGGUUCUUAAAAUAUUCGGAUGAUGAGUUCGCGAAUUACUCGUCGGACAAGUCUAGUCUGUACCUAUAUGUGAAGCAUAACAAGGUUCGUCAGUCAGCACGGGUUGAUCAUCGUGGUAGCCACACGCAACAUCACGUGAAAACUGAGCGAAGGAAUCCGGCAGCGCAUAAGGAAUUUCUCUUCGAGAACAACUCCGUGGAUGUCUACUGCAAUAGCGUGUAUGUGAAGACGCUGUACUGCUGCUUUAUGUUGCGCUUUUUAAGUUUGUGGUGUGCUAGUAGUAAGGGGGGAAGGUACGACCCCGUCACGCUGUUCAAUUUUAGGAAGUACAUAAUGGAAAACCUUCCCGAGAGCAACACGCUAAAUCUGUUUCUUCUGAGCUACAUAUCGAUGUACCCAUAUGACAAGAGCAUACGAAUACAGUUGCAGAGGUUCAUUUGUAAUGUGAUUACCAAUGUAAAGGAAAAGACUUUGGAUAAGUAUGCAAAAACUUCGACAGAAAUUUUAAGAAUAAAUAAUAAGAAAAAAAGAAUCAUAGAAAAGAGGAUGGAUGAGAUAUCCUUAUAUGAUACUACGGGGACCUAUGUGAUAACAAUUAUCAUACCAAAAGUGGGAUCCUUUUUCUUUUACCCAUUUAUCUUUGCGGAUGAAAUUUGCCUUACUCUGUUAUUGUUACUACUUCUGGUGAAGUCCCAUUAUUUGAGGAACUCCAAAACGUUCUACACGAAUGCCAGUAUGAUGACGCUGAUUGUGCACCACAUCUGUUACUACAUCUUUGUAGACACCCAGUAUCUAAUAGAGAAGGAUAACAAGUUUAACAAAUUUAAGUUGUUCCACUUUAUUCACUUGCUUUCGUUGAGUUUUUCCAUCACGUGGGAUUUCCACGUACUGAUUCAGAGGGGUAUCUUCACCAGCAACAUGAAAAAUAUGUCAUACCUUUCGUUUAACUUGCAUUUGAAGAAGGAAGAUUUUGCUCUGAACGAAAGGUUGAUUGAUGAGCAUUAUUUUAAGGCGCUGAAGGAUUAUUACGUUCUGGGGGGGGCAUCAUCCAAGCCGGCAGGGACGGAGGGUGCCACAACUGGUGGUACUGCUACUGUUGCGAAUGUUGCUCCCGUUGCUAGUACUCCUGGUUGUACUGUUGCACCGUUUGCAGGUGCAGCCAUGCCCAUUGCAGGGAGUGACAAGACGUUAAGUCACUCCAUGGGGGAAAUAAAUUUUAAGAAUUACCUGGACGAUUUUGUCGGAAGGGGAGAUAACGGGAAGGUUAGUGGAGAGUUCGAAUCGGAGAGGGAAGAACAGAUCUCACUUCACUCUUUCGAUAAUGUCUUCUCUGAGUUGCAAAGUGAAGGGAAAAAUACAUUCAUCGCAAAAUCGAAUGAAGUUCUGGAUAUGGGGACAACUGGAUCAGCCCCUUCGCAAGUAGCCGUUGGAGUUGUUAGUCAGGUUAGUUCUUCAGAUCAGAUUCAUCCCAUCGAAGCAGUGAACACAGGACAAAGUUACUACAACGAAUUGUAUAGCUUAUCCUAUGAUGAGAAUAAAAUGAAGACGCUCCAAAUGAACAGAAAAAAAUCAGAAAUAAAUGAACAGAACUACAUUAACGUGUGUCACUUUAUUUUAAACAUUUUCGAUCUCUACACCCUGUCGAUGAAUAAUAUGAGUUUUUUAAAAUUGCUCAUCAAUACGGGAAGAACGGAGCCUUACCUUUUUUUAAAAACGCUACACUACAUAGCGGCAAAUGUAAACAAAAGAGUAUCCUAUAUGAAUAAAAUAUUAUUCCUUCUCAUCAUUUUGUUAAAAAAUUACAAAUGCAUUUUUAUCCUUUACAUGGAUAUAAUUAUUGACAUCCUUUUAAAUUCCCUGGAUCCAUCCAACAACGUUCGUAUACUUUGUUUAAAAUUGUCGACCAGCUUAAUAUAUACCCUAGUGAAGCAGUACCCCAUUUGCUGCUUUAAUAAGUUUACACAACGAUUGGCUGUGGCGAAUAAUAUGAACAAAUGCAUUUAUCUGUACGAUUUGAAAAAUGCAAAAAAAUUGAAAAUUUUUCAAGGACAUAAGAGAGACAUUGAUUGUAUUAACUUCAACAACACGGGGACUUGCUUGGCCUCCUACUCGAAGAUGGACCUCUCCUUUAAAAUUUGGAACUGCACAAAUGCGGGUCUGUUUAGUGGAUUUUUAAAAAUUCAGUCCAAGUGUGCUAGGGAUAUACAGCUGUCGAGGAUAAAUCUGAGUUACCUCUUCCUUUCGGAUGACUACAUAGAUAUUACUUACAAGAAGAAGAACGAGUGGGCCCUCCGGCGGGAGGACAACGCCGUGUAUUUGAUAUACAUAUAG